AUGUCGCACACUAAAAUAGCUCACCUCACCACCGACGAAAAGCAACGGUAUUUGAAGAAGGUUGGUACGUUAGGUUUCGAUCCAUAUCUACUGUCCAGUGAACUGCUGACUCCACUAAAGUCUAGCAAAAACCUGCCAAAUUUGACGUUUGCUGAUAUUUACAUUUACCUCGUCCACAAUCCAUCUCCAUACACCGGGGAAGCCCUCAAGGCGUUUAAAAGCACCGAAGCCUACCGCUACUUCACCUCAGGAUGGGUUAAUGAUCCCAAAAUUCAUCAUCUGGAGAUGAAGAAAAUGUUCUUGAUCACAGGAAGGGUGAAGCAUUCACAAAGCCUCAGUGUAACCCCAACACACCCCUGGAUCACAGUACAGGAUGAUGGGACUGUUUUAAUGGCUCAUUGUACCUGUAAGGCAGGUUUAGGAGAGGUAUGCUCACAUGCAUCAGCUCUGCUGUAUUGUGUGUUGGCUGCUGUUGAUAUCAGGGACGGGCAGGCUUGCACCCAGAAGCCCUGUGCAUGGGCACAGCCAAGUACGGCGUCUGUCAGAGAUGUCCAAUAUGCAGAGAUCCAAAACAUCAAUUUCUGUCAUAACCGAGAGCCCCGUCAUGUUCAAGGCCCUGGUUUUCCUGAUAUUAGACCAUCAGAUGAAGAGUGCAGGAUGUUUUUUGAGAUGCUUCAUCAGAGUGAGAAGCAAGAGUCUAAGCCAAAGAAAAGUGCCAUCCUUUCUGUCAUUGAGGGCCACUCCCACAGGUACACGCCAAAGGUGAUGCAGCUGGACUUGCCCACUCCUUUGUCAACCUUAUAUUCAAGCACCUGGCUAGAGGUAGACCUGCCCACACUACUGGUUGAGACUUCCAAGGUCUUUGAUAACCUACAUCUGACACAGCAACAGAUGGGGUCAAGUGAAUGAGGGAAGAGCAAGGGCAAACUAUGUAGCACCACGGCAUUCUCAUACAGACAGGGCAACCACAGAACAGCCACCUGAAAUGGGAUGCUACUGCGGUAAACCUUGUGACACAGAUGACAUCACCUGCACAUCUGGACAGUGUAGGCGGAAGCACUUUCACAGGUCUUGCCUUAAAUUGAGCAGGGUACCAAAGACAUGGAAAUGUGUGGAGUGCAGAAAAAAAGUGUAGUAUUGCUUUAGUUUUUGAUUAAUCGGUUUCAUCUUUUAUUUGCUUAAAUAUCCUUUCAACAUAACAUUCAUUGUUAUGAACUGAUUGUUAUGAAAUAGUAAAGAUGAAUAAGAGCUAUGUAUUUUACUGCCAGCUGUUUUGUUUUAUAGCAAAUAAAGUUACAAAAUACAAAAACAGUU